AGCCCACAAGCGACAGCAUGGCAGCCAUCCCCUCCAGCGGUUUGCUCAUGGCCACCCACGACUAUUACCGCUGCCUGGGUUCCACUGCCAGUAACAGCUCCUGUGGAGGUGCAGAGUAUCCUGGGGAAGCCAUCCCUCACCACCCCGGUCCCUCCAAGGCCGGCCCAGGUCACUGGAUGGCAAGUUUCUUUUUGGGGAAGUCCACCCUCCCGUUCAUGGCAACACGCUCAGAAUCUCCCCAGGCCUCCAGCGACUUGAUCGCCUGUGACUUGACUCUGGAAGCCAUGAGGAAGCAGCAGCCUGGUGGCCAGUCUGGCAAAGCGAACACCGAACACCCGUCCCCAGUCCCGAGAGGCCACUGGCCCUCUUCAGGAGACGCUAGGCUCAUCAGAGCCCCUCCUGUCCCCUCCUCUCUCCAUGUAGACUAG